AAACAUGGCUUUCGCCAUACAGACAAAUCACUAGUAUGUAUUCUCAAUACAUUCUACGCUUAUGAGAAUACUUUGAUUUGUUAGUGGACAUAAUGUAAUUACACAUGAAUGAGCACAUAUUUUUUGAAGAAAACGUGGUUUUGCUAAGAAUCGACCCAAAAAACUGCACAAUGUAGCUUUAAUGUUAAAAGAAAACAGAAAACAGUUUCCCACCAACAUAACUGACUCAAUUCUGAUAGGGAGAGUUUCUGGAGCAGCCGGAAGCAUAGAAAGCAGAGCAGUCACGAGCAGCUGGACAACUGUCCAUCAGUCACCACCAUCAUUUGUCCAGCUUUUAUACCCCUUUCAAGUACGCAUCACUUGUUUGUUAACUCAGAAUAGAAAACAUCUCCUUUGUCUUCUUUGCCAAAGUAGGCAAUACAUACAGUAUUUGCCUAGGUAGUGCUUAGGUCUUCAUCACCCUCUAACCUCUGGCCCUGCUGAGCAGCCGCCCCUAUUGAUCACUCAUCUCUGGCUCCAAGCCCUUAUUUGUAUUAUGGCUAAUAGGAUCCCUGCUAUUUUCACCAAGCCAGGUGUAACCUGCGUUGUGUGGAACUACCGCGGUCCAGCCCUGCACACGCCCGGACUCGAACCCGCGAGACAGCAGCACCUCGGAUCGGGAGUCGAGCGCGCUAACAAUCCAGCUAAAAGCCCAGGCUACUAGCUUUCAUGCCAGCAGCGCUCUUGAAGCGUCGGGGAGUGAGGUUUACUAACGUUCUACAGCAUAGCUAACCAGCUAGCACCGUUACACUCACUCCCCUAAACCUGACUCCCGAUCCGGGUCACGGCACCAAUGUAACCUGCUUUGUGUGGAACUACCGCGGUCCAGCCCUGCACACGCCCGGACUCGAACCCGCGAGACAGCAGCACCUCAGAUCGGGAGUCGAGCGCGCUAACAAUCCAGCUAAAAGCCCAGGCUACUAGCUUUCAUGCCAACAGCGCUCUUGAAGCGUCGGGGAGUGAGGUUUACUAACGUUCUACAGCAUAGCUAACCAGCUAGCACCCGUUACACAGGCUCCAGUUGUACUGUAUGUCAUAUGAUAAGGCACUCCAAAUUCGGUCUGGCAUUGUUCCAUUGAAAAGCUUCUAUGCCCGUAUGAAGAUCAGCCGACCAAUCAUGUUUUUAUACAAUGAUGUAACAGAACAGAAAACAGUGAUUAAGGCGUUUGUCGAGAAGAAUGUUUUGGCUGUUCUGUCUGUAGUGUACAGUGCCUAUAGAAAGUCAUCAUACCCUUUUGAAUAGUUAUUUUUUUUGUCCAAAUGCAUUCAUCCCAUACACAGCAGAUAACGGAACAAACGACUAAUGUGGACCAUGGAGAAAGGUUUCAAGUUUGAACACUUCACCCGCAACGACCAAUCCGGGGCGCACAUGCGUGACCAUGGUCAAAGGAAAAGCGGGCUCAUAUGAAGGAGAGUGUGGAAAAAAAUGUGAGCAUGAGUGGGUGUUGGAAAGGAUAGAAACAAAGUCAUAUUAUGGUUGGAUGCUCGGAGUGGUUGGAUGCUGGGAGUUUGCACAGGACAUUCCACUUGUCGACCUCUUGGAAGAGGAAGUUGCCCUUAUGCGGCGGACUGAGAUGAUACCCAUGGACAAGCUCAGGGAACUGGGGGAAAAUGAGAACCUUGGGAAGCAGAAACAGGAAACAGGAAACAGUUGUACAAACAGUACAUGAGAAACCCAAGGGCAUUCCAGAUGAAUAUAGACCUCAACCUGAGAAGAGUGUCAGUGUCCACUCAAUCUUCCCAUGGGUAACAGUCAUUAAAAACAUUGAUUGGGUUAACUGUUUCCAGCAGAAGUUCAUACAUGACCCUAUAGAUGCUUGUAAGAUUCAAGACCUUGGCACAGCAACUAGAAGCAACAUCCAGAAUGGCAGUUGGAUAUAGGAUGGGCUGUAUCUCAUCUGAAAGGGACCUGCCAGUGAUCGGCACUCAUCAUGAUUACUCAAUCCUACCAAGAAACUCAACGAUAUCAAACACACAACGGCUACCCUAUGAACCACAACUAUGGACUGUCUGUUGAAAAUUCGCAGCUAAGUGGAAGCCAAGUCCCAAGUUCCAAUUUAAACCAGCAUGCCAAUUUUGGAUCCAGUCAGCAUCACCAUUCCUUGCAGCAUGGAAUUUGCCCCCCACAGACUAGUUACCAUGGAAAUGGAUGUUAUGGGACAUCCUUAUCCAAUCCGAAACGUAUGCAUCCACUUUUACAUUCAGCUUUAGCCCCAACUUCGUGUACUUGUAACAGUUUCUCUGGAUGUAGCAUGCCGCUGGGCAGUUAUCAGGACUCCCAACUACAGUUACAACAAGGAACUAUGGUACAACCUGGACACAAGCCCUCUUCAGGAACAGAACACUGGCAUCCAAGGAACAGACCACUAACCUACUCGGGACAAAGUAUAUCCCGACUUCAAUCAGAAUCAACACAUGGCAUACAGAAUCACUCACAAAGUAAUGUGAAUGGCACAGUCAUACCGAACAGAGGACAAAUGUUAAGUAGCCAACUUCAGGCCACUGAUCCAAAUAUCAACAGAUCAUCUAUCCCAGCCCAGCCCCAGACAUUACAGUUAGAGCACUCUAGAUGUCAAGGUCUAUUUAACACUCUACUUCAAUUUCCCGCUAGCAGAAAAUGCUGUUUUAAAUACCAUCUAAUUCCGAUUUGGCAGGCCUUAUCAGAAAGGAUGAAUAUGCGGCCAGACAAUCUCAAUGUUAACAAAUCUUCUCACCCAACUCGGAUAUGUCAAUUACAAUCUUGCGAACAAGGCCAUGUUCAAAUGCCUUUUGUCUAUCAGUGCUGCCCAUCAUGCCUAAACAAGAUUCUACAGUUCUACUUGUUUAAACUGAGCCAGCAACAGCAACAUAUCCAAAUGAAUGGUGAAUUGAGUACUAACGGCCAUGCAUUACAACCAACACAAAAUGGCUGGAUUCCUAGUGGAACAAAUGGACAAAAUGUGAUGCAAGCCACAUCGCCAUCCUCAAGUAGACCACAGUCAAACUGCCACAUUGUCCAUAAUGUAAACCACAGACAGAGUUCAAGGAGAAAUAUGACUGUCUCAUCAUCUAUCAGUUCAUCCACAGUAGCUUCUCCGCCUAUCUACUCCACUAACUCAACCAGCUCACUUCCUGUCUCCUCAGGUUUGAGUGCAUUACCCCCUUGUCAUCUUUAUGGGACAUACUCACAGUCAGACAUUUCCAAAAACAUGAGCAACUUGGGAUAUCCCAGGUACGUACAUACUAAUCAGAACAAUCCAACUUCUGUGGACAAUUCAAACAGAAAUGACGGUAGAGUUCCAAACCUCAGUAAUGGCAGUCGAGAUUAUGGUGCAUCUGUCCAGCAACAAAACACACCUAUUGACUCGGCCCUGCACAGAAAAAGCACAGAGUUGUACAACAACCUUGACCCAAACAGACCUGCUACAACUUCAAUAGACAAGAAUCGAUUGCCUGAACAUAACCGCUUGGAAGACAACACCGAGAGCAGUAACACAAACAGUACACAUUGCUAUAUUGUUCCCAACAUACACAUGGCAUGGACACAAGUUGCAGUCGUAACUCCCUUAAAGCCACCUGCAGAUGGAGGCAAACUGAAGACAUGUGAAGACGUCACUCCACUGAAAUGUGGUGAUGACCUCCCAUUGCUAAUAAAAGAAUUGCAGCCCCUUGCUGUUGAAGACAUAACAGAGGAGGCAAUCAUGGCAUUAGACACUGACUGUUCAGCUAUGAGGGAGACAUUAACAAGUGUAAAAUCAUCAGAGGAUGGCAGUUACCCAAGCUUAGGCUCUCUCAUCAAUCUGUCACCUGAGAGCGAAGAUACUCACAAGAACCAAAAUAAUGAAGAAUUAAGCCAACCUGAUGUUUUCUUUGACGUGCCUGUAGUAGCAUUAAGACUGGGAAUGUUGAGGAAAUUGGUGGCAAGCCUGGAACUGAAAGAAGAAGAAACAAAAAAAGAUGAAAGCAGCAUGAACAAGAAUGAACUUGAUUUUGCACAUGCUAUACUUGAUCUGUAUUGGGAUGGCAGCUAUCACAACUACAUUGAGACAGAACUAGCAGGUACAUUUGCAAAUAUAUUGAAGGAAGCUGCAGAGUUUGAUACUGAGGAAGACAAAACGAUAUUUGAUUCCAUAAAUGUCAAGGAUUUAAAUCAGCUACAGCAAAGCAAGGGCCACAUUCUUACAAAUUGUUUUGAUUUUGAUUACGCUAUGGACGUGGAUACGUCAUCGUGGAGAAACCUAGGUGAUGAAUCAUUGGACAUUGACAAAGAAUUGGCAGAUGGGUCAUUUCUAGAAAAUUCCCAUGAAAAGUCACUUGAGAGAAGCUUGCUCAGUAAUCUCCAGAACCUGGGCAAAAACUUAGACCAGAACCUUAUCAGUUCGAAGAAACAUGACCCGUCACCAAUUAUUAUCAUUGAUGACCAGUCAGAUGAGUCUGAUGAAGACUGCUCUAAGACUCCAGAUGACCCUUUGCUACCAAUUAAGACAAUACUGCUGUCAUUAGACGAGUUAAAGGCUCUUCCAACACAAGCAUGCAAAGACUCUGACAGGGCGCAUGGUGUUGCAGCACCUUCGACUUGCGUUAAUGUUAAUUAUUCUGAGGUGAAGUUGGUGGCCGAAGAUUCUGUGAUCUCACAUCAUAGCUGUCAGGACGUGGAUCAAAAGGAGGUUUCGCCUGAAGAUGGUUGUAAAUUGUCAGAAAACCUCUCCAAAGAGGUAGAAACAUCAAACAUGGACUGUCUCAGUCGCCUAGAUGAUUACAUACUGUCCAUGAAAUUGCCAUCUGUGAAUGAACUAAAAAAGGUGGAUUCAGAAAAUGUGUAUCAGGACCUUGUGAGUUCUCCACAGAAAGACCCCCCCUCACCUAUUCUUCUUGAUGAACAUUCAGAAUGUCCUAAGAGUCCAGAUGAUCCCAUAUUGUCAAUGAAGAUAACAGUGCUGUCAAUGGAUGAGUUAAAGGCAUUGUCCGGGGAAUUCUGCAAAGACUCUGACGAUGGUGUACACAUUGUUGCUCUGUCCUCUGCCAUUUGUCUUGACAGUGAAGAUGAUGAUGAUUCUGAGGUGAACUUGGGGCAAACUUGUCAGACGAUCAGAGAUCUGAGUCAAACAUCAAAUCAAGAGCUGAUUACAAUACUAGAUGGUGAAGAAGAAAUACCCUCCGUUGCCUCCAUAAAAGAUGUGUUUAAACCCAAACAAGACAAGACAAACAGUACAGAAGUAAAACAAGAUGGCCACUUAACAAAGACAACUGGAAAAGAGCCAAUUAAUCCCCUUAUAGAUAGAAGGAAGGGAAAUGAAGCUCAAGAACCCCAGCAACACAUGCAAAAGGAACACAGUCAUCCAAAACUAAACCGUUGGUCGUCCAUUUAUCAAAAGGUUUCCAGGAAGGACUCUGUUCAGACAGCUCAUCAGCCAGAAAAGCCACAUGGACUGGAAACUCAUGUUGCUAACUCGUCUUCCUGUGGGAUUAGAGUCAGCCAUCCCAUCUCUCCAUCAGCAGCCAUCAGGAAAAGAAAGUUCAGUGUAAUGGAGGACUCAAGUUCACCAGACACAGUAAAGGGUUUGGAGCCUAAAAGACAAAGUCAUGCAAGUCAUGGACAUGAAAGCAGCAGCAUCCCCACCAGCAUUCUCCAGUCGUUGCCCCUCAAAAAAAGAAAACAAUCAUUUGCUGAACUUGGGAAUUCAGUCAAGUUGACAGACAUCACGGUUCCCUCAAGCCACUCACCCCUGAAUGAGACUAUGACAUUAAGUAAUCCCCAAGACACUGGCGUAGACACAGAGCUAGCAGAUGAUAAAAUACAUAUGGAUGAAGUUGUAGGCCUACCUACUACUUCAGAAGAUACUGCUCUGAAUUUAGCAGGGACUUCAGACAUUUCAGAAUUACAAAAGUCCUCACGUGUGUGCAAGAAAAGGAAACAUGUAACUUUGAGGCUGUAUGGAGCCCAAUGGAGUGAUCAUAAGGAUUUAAAUGGAACAGCUCACUAUUAUACAGAUUGUGUCCGUGAUAUGCCAAUCCAUCUAUCCAUUAUUCAAUCCCUGGAAAAGAGCUCUGCGAAGGAUAAGAUCAGAAAAAGUUGGGAGGACCGUUUUGUGCCGCCUCCUGGGAAAUCCAAGGAUAAGAUCAGAAAAAGUUGGGAGGACCGUUUUGUGCCGACUCCUGGGAAAUCCAAGAGACUAUCGCGUCCAGAAGGUGUGCGCAGAAAAAAGAAUGUGCAUGUAAGACCAGUAAAGCACCGGAAAUCACAAGGACCACCUGGAAAGGACAAGGAGGAGCAGCAGCGACCACCUGCCAAGAAGCACCAGUCCAAACACGUGUCUGCCAGUCUAGGCAGUUGAGGUUGACGCGUUGAGAGGCUGUAAGGGUCCAAAGAAGGUAUGAAACAUGAGUUGCCAAUGCUAUGUUUCCAAUGCUUUCCUUUCUUCCUGUACAUUUUAGGUGUCUUGAAUCUAUGUUUCUAGUUUUUGUCAUUCUUUAAGGGCCAUUCACACCUGGCGAGAUAAUUAUAUACUGUAUGUUCUAACGUUCUAACUGAUAACGUUCUAACUCUCUUAUAAUUUUGUUCUGUUUUUGUAUUCUUGUUCUGUAUUUCUGAGAGUUGUACUUGGAGAGGGAAGAUUAACCGAAUCAAAUUCCUUGUUUGUUUACACAAACCUGGCCAAUAAAGCUGAUUCUGAUUUAAUUUAGGCUUUUUUUUUUUCGUAUCAAUCAAAAACAUUUUAAUUUAUAUCUUAUACAUAUUAUAUUCGUUCGAUAUAGCUAUCAUUGCCGAUGUGAAUGGCCCUUUAAUGAAAGGUCCAAAAUAAUAAUAAAAAGAAAAGGAAUAUUCAAACAGUGUACUUUUCUUGAGUUCUUAAACAUUUAAGUUAAACAUUUUGUCUGAUGUCCAAAAGAACAUAUGGGAUCUGAAAACUGAUAUUAUUUUUUCCCUCUUUCACCAGGUAUUGCUGAUAAGAUGACCUAACAUUUUUUUGCGUUCUUCAGUGCACUCCAUUGAAUAGCCGUUGAACAGAGCCAUUGAACAGAGCCGCUACAGCAAGUUCAGGAUUUGAUCCGAGGCCAACCGGUUGUCAGGCACCAGGCAUAUUUUAUAUGCUUUUUAAUUCUGUGUUUAAUUUUCCAUUUUACUGAAAUAAAUAUUAAAAAAAAAAACAAAUAGAGCAUAGAGCCCUCAUUGGUCAAGCGUGUGUUGGGAAGUCGCCGUACUUUGCCAUAGUUUCCCUUCAUGUAGUGUUUAACACCAAUAGACUGUCCCAAAACAGUUGUAUAGUUUGUACAGAACACUUAUGUAUGAUAUUAUUUUCAAAGUAAUCAUUGAAUUCCAAUGAUGAUGCUACCAGAAUACUAUACUGUAUAUACUGUAUAUAACUAUAUUUCAUGCAUGUUCAUUUAUGCUCAUUUAUGCAGAUAUUUUAUGCAAAAAUGUAGGCUAGAUGUUAUAAAGUCACAGACAUGCUGAUAUUCACGAGACAUGUUGCAAAAUAUAACUAUGAGCUGAUUCAUAUCUUCAGUGUUAAGCUACAGAUCCAAAAAGUACAUAAUUUUCUUAUGUCAGCAACAAAUGUUAAAGAUAACAUAUUUUACCUUACCUUGCUACUGUACCUUAUUUUUUUAUUUCACAUUUGCCCAAACUUUCACUUUCUUGUGGAAGAUCUGUGAUCUGUGUUUUUUUUCCAUAGGCUACAUACACAUCAUGUUGAUCAUAUGAAACCUUCAGGUUGAGUUAUUGUUGUUUACUGUAUAAAUGUAUAUAUAUUUAGUCUUUUUUAUCAACAGGAUAUGAAUGAUACUUUUGUAUUUUAAUAAACGAAUAUUGCAGUAA